AUGCGUGGGGAAGCUGGUGAUUUCUUAAUGAUGAUGAAGUCUUUUGAUUUCAUUUUUAUUUUGCAUUUUAUGCAUAAAAUUAUGGCGAUCACAGAUUUACUUUGUCGUGCCUUGCAACAAAAAUCUCCUGAUAUCAUAAAUGCAAUGGAUUUGGUCUCUACAACUAAAGCACUUCUUCUGACAUUGAGAAAUGAUGGUUUUGAUAUUCUUCUUUCAUAUGUCAAAUCAUUUUGCACUAGAUUGGAUGUUGAUAUACCAGAGAUGAGUACUCAUUAUAAGCAUUCUAGUCGUUCAUGCCAGCAAAAUGAUACCAUCACAGUUGAGCAUCACUUUCAUUAUGAUAUAUUUAAUGCUGCAAUAGAUUUUCAGUUAGAAGAGUUAAACUCUAGAUUCAGUGAUGAGAUAGUAGAACUUCUUAUACUUAGCUCUGCUUUGAAUCCAAAAGAUAAUUUUAAGUGCUUCAACAUUGAUAAGAUUUGUAUGCUUGCUGAGAAGUAUUAUCCUGAGGACUUCACUCAACAAGAAAUGCAUAAUUUGAGGUGUCAACUACAACAUUAUGAGUUCGAUGUAGUUUGUCAUGAAAUUUUCAGAAAAAUAUCCACUAUCUCAUAA